GAUUAUGAGAUUAAAUCGGAGAACUUGAUGCAAAAUCAUUGGAAUAAUGAAUGCUCCAAAACUAAAAUGCAAGAUGGAAGCACACAGGUUAUCCAAAAUAUCAUGCCAAUCAAGUCUAUGAAACUCAAAAGCUUUAUGCCUAGUUUAAUUAAUGAGCCACAUUCAUUGACUCCUCCACUAUUACCACCAAAGCCAUUUGUAUUAAUUGGCGGUCUCUCGAGAUACUCAUGUAAACAUAGUAUAAAUGCACUCAAGAUUAAAAAUCUUUGGAGUAAUCAAUCAAAUAUGCUUACCAUUUCUAGCAGAACUAGUUUGGACCAUAUUGCUAAUGCAUAUUUCAAUUCUGUGUGA